AUGCCACAACAGCAGCAGCAGCAGCAGCAGCCCCGGCACAUCUACGCCGUGAAGCUUCUCGUCGGGCCAGAGCAUCACCCGUGGCCGGCCAGCUACACCUCCAGGGAUGCCGAGUGGGCAGAGAGUUGCAGGAUCUCCCCGAUCAACGUCAGACAGAGCUGGAGCAAGACGACACGCUUGACGGGCGACUUGACCCUCAGGCUAUCCCCGGAGAGCCUCGCGGAGCAGUUCCCAGGACUGAAGCCCACCGGGGCCUACGAGUUCGUGGAGAAGUACUUUGGGCGGAGCUGGCACCAGCACGUGUGGGAGGUGAGGGAUCUGCUCCUCAGGAUGCGCGGCUCAAUGCUCGCCAACAACUUCGGCCUGCAGGCAAUGCUGGCGGUCUUGUGCCAGGGCAACACGAAGGCGACCGCCAUGCAGGAGUUCAUCAAGGUGCUGAACACGACCCCUUGGCGAAACGGAACGGGAAACUUCUCAGACCCCCGACUCGACGAGGGAGACGAGCUCGUCGACGCCGACCUGCCAGGCUGCACCGAGACGGAUCGCAUUCGGAACGAGCUGUACACGCACCGGUGGGUGCUCACAUUCUUCAACUUCGGCGACGCUCACUGGGUCGCCGCCGUGUUCGACAGCUUGCGAUGCACACUGACGCUCUACGACACAAUCGAGUCAAACCGCGAAAAGAGAGCGAAGGCGGCCGGCCUGGCGUGGAGGAGCUUUGCCCUGAACAUGGGCAUGCCGUGCGGGACUCUCGUCGUGUCCCCUGCCCUGCCCGAGCAGCCAAACGACUGGGCCUGCGGCUACAUCGGCCUCGUGAACCUGCUGCUGGCGACGCGGUGCCGGCAGGGAGACCAGCACAGGGAACUCUCCCCCCAUGACUUUCCCAGGACGUGGCUGCACGCCGACGCCCGUCCCGCGAGCUAUGCGAAGAUGCCAAACUCGGGCGCCCCCUUCUUCCCAGUGCCGGACUGGACAUACGGCGCCGGCAGCAGCAAGGAGGCGUGGCGACGCGCCAGCACCGUGCUGCACGCCAUGAUGGCCAACGAGCUCGGCAUCAGGUCGCUGGGCGAUCUCGAACGCUACGAUGCGGGCAGGAGGAACAAUCAGCAGGCAAACGAGCCGUACGAAUUCUCUUUCCACUUGCCGUUUCCCGGAGAGCCCAUCGCCCUUCUGAUUCACAGAGCCGGCGAUUGGAAGACGAAGCCUACGACGUACCCCAAGGGCGCGCCCGUCUUGAGCGGCUUCACGAGGCCGCCGACUGUAACAACCCCGGCGCCGAGCCUCUGGGCCCCCUUUCGAGACUACGUCUACCGAAACCUACCAGGCGAGGCAGGGUCAGUCGCCGCGUUGGCGAGGCGUGGUAUACGAUGCUGGAACCCGAGCAGCAGCCGCUUCUUCGAGCAGAAUCUCCCUCGAGCGUCGCAAACCGCGCAGGCUGCCAUCAGCGUCUCAUCGGGUACGCGGCCGAACAGUCGCCCAUACGAUGUCAUCUCGUUAUCCUCGGGCGGGCCUGGCGAGUAA